AUGAAUCGGCCAGGUCAAGCACCACGCGUUCCUCCGAACCUGAAUCCGACGGCUCAGCAACAGCUAGCAUCGCAGUUCCGUGGAGGUGUCUAUCCUCCGUAUGGCAUGCCCCAGACGCAACAACAGCCCCAACGAGCACCGACACAGCCAGCCUAUGCACAGCCAGCACGAGCCACAUAUGGCAUUCCGAGCAGAUCCUUUCCCUUUAGCGGUGUCCAACAACAGGCGGCGACGGCGGCCCAGCAAAGCCAUCUGCACGCGCUCAUGCCGCAGCCAAACGGAGCCAAUCAGACGCCGGGAGCGAACGGAGCGAACACUCCGGACACGAGCACUUCCCUCGAUCCCAACGAGUUCCCUGCCCUCGGCACAUCCGCUCCCCAGCCCCCGUUUUCAUAUGCCCAGGCCGGCGCGAGUGCGGGUUCAGGGUAUCAUCCUCCUGGUCCUGCCAAUUUCCAAGCUCCCAACUAUGCUUCAGCCGGUGCCAACCCAGCCUCGUUCUCAGCUGGCGCCAACAACUAUGCACAGGCAGGCGCUCAGGCCAACUUUGCCAGCGCGGGAACACCAGGUGCGGGCUUUGGAACCGGAGCCGCUGGUGCAAACGGACAGCAGCAAGCCCAGCAGCGGGAGCUUACCCAGGACGACUUUCCCGCACUCGGCCAGGGCGACGCGACGUUUGCAAACUCGGUAAAGGACCAACAUAGGCAGAAUCUACUCGGUCAGAUGGGCGUAAUGAGGAACAAUAUCCCCGGCUAUCAAUCAGAACUUGACAAACGGCAACAACAGCAAGCAUUUGGCAACAUCAAGCUGAACCCACCAAAUCAUGCAACGGCGGCUGCAUGGGCCUCACAACCUCCAUCACAACCUCCGCAAUCCCAGCCUCCCACACAAGCUCCUCCUCAGCCUCCUCAACAGCAACUCCCUCCGCCGCCGCAGCCCCAGCCUCAAACACAACCUCCACCCCAGCCAUCACAAACGACGAAUACCGCGCCAGCACCAUCGAGUACGCCCAGCUCGUUUUCGUUAAAUGGUCAGCAGCAAUCGCAGUCACAGUCGCAGACGCAAACGCAAACGCAGACCCAGAGCGCCUCGCCUGCGCCGACAACAGCGAGCGCGAAUACCGGUACAGGAGGAGGAGCCCAAUCGACAACAGGUGCACCAUUAUCACAAGCAGGCGCCAUCGGGUCGAGCAUACCGCUGACACCCGCGCAACAAGUACUCAUGAGUGCGGCCGACAGGUGGGGUCUGCUCGGAUUACUGCAGAUCAUCAAAGGCGGUGAUCCGGACGUAACGUUAUUAAAUGUCGGCGCAGAUUUGUCAGGGAUGGGGUUAGAUAUGGACGCGUCGGCGGCGUUGACAGUCGAGCCCGAUUACCAUUUACCGGCGUGUUAUAACGUACAACCCCCUCCGCCCGCGCAAGCCAAGGCAAACGCAUUUAGCGACGAGACGCUGUUUUUUAUGUUUUACUCUUCACCGCGAGACGUGCUGCAAGAAAUGGCGAGCCAAGAACUGUACAACCGCAACUGGCGAUUCCACAAGGAACGUCGAGUAUGGCUUACCAAGGAAUCCGGCACGUCCCCAUCUCAAAAGACCAGCACACACGAGUCGGGCGUCUACACGUUCUUUGAUCCUGAAAACUGGGAACGCGUCAAGAUGCAUGCGCGCAUUCAGUAUGACCAGCUGGAGGAGAAACAUACCGUACCUGUCGGCGGCGCAACGAGGUAUGCCCAGUAA